GCGAGCGCUAUUUACACGGAGGCACGGUCUUACCUCCUCGUUUUGCGUGUUCUCUCUCGGUCGGUUCUCAUCCCGAUCGGUCAGCAGCUGCGUGUUGGCCGUCAAACCGCUUCGCAGUCCGGCAGUCGCGGACUUGACACGUUUGGCGUUUCGUGUCCGUUUUCUAAAACGGAAGUUUCAUCUCUAUCAAGACAUGACAAAUCCUGGUCGCCUGUUCUGUGACCUGUUGUAUUUCCGUGUUUUUUUUUCGUGAGGCAAGCGUGUGGCCUCCACGUUUGUCUCUCACGAGUCGAUGCCUGCAUGCGAGUUCCUCUUUCAAGUGUCCACACUUCUUCGAGUUUUCCUCGGAUGUUUCCCGUGUUUUCUAAACUUCUCCGCUUGUUGCAUCCCAUGAGACACUGAGCUCAGACAUCUGCGCCGCAAUUUGCUGCUCUCUUGAGGUGCGCGUCCGGUCUGACUGCUUGAGUCGUUCCUUUUCUAGUGGACGGUGCCUGUCGGUAGAUUACCCGUUUUUCUCCGGUGCCUAUCCCAUGAUAUUCAGGUAUUUGCUUUACCAGAAUAGGCUCUAGGUGCCGGAAAUUUCCUUUCAAUCUUGCCUUCGUUUUCCGGUGAAAUUCAAGAGUGCAACAUGGUGUGCCUCAGGCACUGGUGGCUCUGGCUCUCGGUGGUGACAUUUGGGGCGGGGAGCGUGAACAGAGUGAAGGCCUGGCACGACGAGGGGCAUAUGCUCGUGGCGGCAGUGGCAAAGGAGUAUUUGAAACCUGAGACGGUGGAGAAAAUUGAAUACAUUCUCUCCGAGUGGAGCCCCCAGUACCCCACGACCUCGACUCUGGAAACUGCGGCGGUGUGGCUGGACCACGUCGCUUGCUCGAUGCCGGGGCGGUACUGCAGAGGCUUUCUCGGCUUGGAUGACAUACGAAUUUUCAAACCGUGGCACUACACGAGCAACGUUUUCAACCCUCAGAACCUGACGCUCGAGCCGCUCUACGAAGUGCAACCGUACCCGCAAACAGGAAGCUCCUGGAUUUUGCUCAAGAGCUAUGAGUCUCUGAGGAACUGCACGGGCGACUCCCGCGCGUCUCAGAAAGGGAAGAAAAAAGACACUGCAACGCAAGAAGGAAGAGAAGAGGAGGCGGUGCCGGGGCUGUCCCCCGAUUUUCUACCGGCGUCCCUGUCCUCGUCUUUCUUUCCGCUUUUACGAGUGUCGAGCGAGAAGCUUGCUGCUUUUCUCCCGUGGAUAUUGACCCCGAGUUCCCAAGAUUCUGGAAACGACUUCCCUGUCUCAGGGGCUUCCAGUUCCUUCUCUUCCCCGAGUUCUCGGAAUUCUGAAUCGAACCUCUCAGACCUCGUGGACCCACAUGGGGAGAGCGCGAAAAAAGCGACAAUUCAUCCUGAAACUUCUGUCGUUUGCAGUCGUCUCUCUCUCAAUCUGCACCUGCGUUUGCUUCUCCACAUCUACGGCGACGCUCACCAGCCCUUGCAUGCAACAGAAACUUACUCCAAGGCCUUCCCCAACGGCGACUUUGGAGGAAACAAUAUUUCGAUUGUGCUUCCCAGGUCUGAAAAAAUGCUGGAAAACUAUCCAUCGACUCCGGAGGAGUUCCCGGAAGUCGGCGCAGAGGCACACAGAGGAAGCGGCGUGCCUCAUCGACAGUCGUUGCACAGUCAGUGGGAUGGCGCAUUUGGUCAGUACAACUCCCUUUUCUACGAAGUUGAUUUAGACGAGCUGAAGAAGGAGGCUCAGCGAUUGGUUCGCCUCUACCCCGUCGACGAGCAUGCCAAACGAACUUUUGCAGAUUUCCACGGCAUCAGCAUCGAAAGCUCGAUGCUUGCGAGAAGCCACGUCUUCUCAGAAUUUGAAUGGUCUACGUUCUCGGCGUCGUCUUUGCCCUAUCACCCGAGUGUGGAGUACAUCGAGAAGAGCAAGAAGGUUUGUGAAAAGCAGAUUGCACUGGCAGGGGCGAGACUAGCAUUGCUACUGGAAAGCUUGAGUGCUUCGCUGCCUUCUCCGCCGCCAGUGUUUCACCCGCAAGCUUCUCACAGCUCUUUGUCGUCGUCGAUUCUCGAUGGCGACGGCAAGGUCGAGUUGCGUUCUGCAUGCACGGCCUCGGAAGACUCACUUUGCUUCUCUGUGAAAAAACAUAACGAGGCGCCGCUGCUGCUCUUCGCGGGGCCGAGCAUGUGCCUGGAGUCGGCAGGCAUGGCUCUUGUUUACUCUCGGCCUCUCGCAGUUCUUUUCCUGUGUUCAUGCGCCGCACUCCUCGCGUUAGGUCUCCUGCUUUUCUGGACCUGCCGGCAGCUUCGGUUCUACAAGGCCGCUGUGUCGCUAACCACGACGGCGGGUGUCCAGCGCCCAGAAACCGAGUCCACGGGUCUGCAUGCGCCAGCCACGAACUAUUUCCGCUUCUUCACUCCAGCUACCCUGACUCGCGGGUCCGCCAUCGCUUCUCAGUGCACCUCUGUGAACUCUGAGGUCGCCAUGGCUACCCGCCUUUUGGAAAAUCGAGAGACGAUGCAGCGAGGCUGAGGAACUUUGGACUUCAUUUUGUCUUGGGAACGGACCAAGAGAGAAGGGAAGGAGACAGUUGAGAGAGCGCGUGGUUCUUUGAGGCCAUACUAACUGCGCGGAACUGUUUUAAAGACAAGGGAGAAGGGAGUUUGUUUCGUACGAAAAGGAGAAGG